AUGGCCGGCUCCAAUCAAGGAAUCGCGAAUAUACCCCUCAACUUCGAUUUCCUAGGAGGCCUGAUGGGCAUACAGGGCGGGGGACAAUCCACAGCCCCUUUGCAGACGCAGUUCAAUCCUGAACAGUUGCUGAAGCAACGUCUACAGCUCAAUCAGCUCCAGCAGUUGCAGUUGCAGAACCAAAUCAUCCAACAACAGAAAAGUAACACACAUUUCAUGGGACUUCCGACUCCAAGUAACUAUACGGAUUCCUCUCAGUACAGACCUGAUAACCACCCCCACCUUCCCCUUCCCGACAUGGCUCUUGCGGCGCAGAUGUCUCACAAUGCACACGGCGUACACUCCGCUCCGGCGAACCUAGUUUUUAACACGAAUCCACCAGUGCCACUCCCGUCGCCUGGAGACAUGGACUUUGAUCUGUCACCAUUGACGAGCCCAUGGCUAGAGGCAUAUAAACAAGGCUCAUUACGAAUUAACUCGAAUAACAAGCGAACGGCAUCACCCCCCGAAGAAGGGCACGAUCGACUGUCCCGUCAACGCCAGUCCCCUGCCGUCAAUGCCUCUCAGCCCAGACGGCAGUCAAGGGGCUCAAAAUCUGCUUGCUCGACGCCCUUGAUACGCUCUACCCGAACCGAUGGUCGCAAGAAUAGCAUGUACCCUGAUAUACCUGAAGACACUCCUUCCCCCGUCGAUUUAUCCAUGCCGCCUCCUGCGCCUCCAGUGCCGUCAAAUUCCAGUAGUUUAUCUACAACAAACAUCGAGAUGUCGUCGUCUAUGUCUUCAACUCCUACGCCAAAUUUUACGCCGGUCACUCCUGCCAGUAUCAUGAAUCUCGGACAGCUUGGGACCAGCAGCAGCCUGGCGCCUCCGCAAAAUUCAUCAAUGUCGAAGGCCAGUGGAAAGGCCAAAGCUCCCUCCCGCCGCUCGCGGGAGCCUUCGUCGAGCUCACAGGCGAUAAAGAAACCGUCAGCUGGAACACCGCUUGUCAGCCCGAGCCUCAAGCCCAUCUUGCCAGGUAACGUCGUUCUCCAUUCGUUGUCUCUGGGCGCUCAUCUCGAUCUGGCUGCAGCUGGAAACGUCGGCUUCAAUGUCAUGCCAUCGCCGACCGUGCCCGUGCUUCGCAAAACAUCCCACAAGGCCGCAGAGCAAAAACGACGUGACUCGCUCAAGACCACGUUUGACGACCUUCGUACGCUUCUUCCGCCGAUCCCUCUGCCAUCAGAGGAAGGCUUUCCGGACGAACCGAUUCUACCCGGGGCGAUGCCGCCUCGUGGCCCACCCCGAGGCAAUGUGGACGGUCCGAACAGGAGCAUUAGCAAGCUGCAGUUGUUGCGAUGCGGCAACGAUUACAUCCGCCUACUCAACGGCAAGAUUGAGCGGCGUGAUGUAGAGUUAGCUUCUCUGAGACGAGAAGUGGAACGUUUGCGUGGACUGGUAUCUGAGGACGUGUGGAAGGGUCCGUGGAAGGGAAGUGGCAGCGCGUAUGACGGGGAUGAGGGGGACGACGAUUGAUCCUAUUCCGGUGGCCAGCUUGGCUUCCGUAGUGAGUUUUUAGAGAGCAGUAUGAGAGGCCACGACGCUCGCCAGGGCCCCGAUAACCUUCUUCCUAUUUGUACUUGAUGGCACUAUGGUCACCAAAAUUUCUCAG